AAACCGACGGUGUUCCUUCCUUCAGUCCUCGUUUGACCGUCGUCGGUACAGGUUGCAAAAGUUUGUUGCUCUCGCAUCGGAUAAGGUAGCUCAUAGGGAAUCUAACUAGCAUUAAAGUUGUUAAAGCCGGGAGUCGUUUUGUAGUGCGAGUGUAAUUUGAUAUAGUUGUGUGAAAACUGAAAUUGAAUAGUACUCAUCUUUCGAAUUCGUAGUGGAUGUUGGAUCAUGCUGGGAUUUGAUGAUAAUGCUCAAUCAAAUGGUUUAUUACUGGACGAAGUAUGUGCGAACCAAUAGUUAUCAAUUGCCGCGGGAAAAGUGAAAUUGUUGACAAGAGUGCGUUUGGAAACAUAAUUGGAACUUGGGCUGAAUUUGGAUUAAUGAAUCAACAGUAAUUAACUCGUUACUAAAAUCUCAUUUACAACGAGAAACACCGGAAUAAGAGGUGCCCCUGCAAAACAUAUCUCAAUCAACAUCCGUAGGACGUAAAACAAACCGCACCCCCCCCCCCCUCAGAACGUGUUUGAUGAUGACAGAGGAGUCGUUCGUGUACGGAGUGGAGCUGAAAUCGCCACCACCGACGACCGUUGCCAACCAGCUGACCCAGUACGACCGUUUCCUCAAGAGCAAAGCCAUGUCGGGACAGUUUGCUAACCAGUUUCCUGUCACACCGUAUCAUUCGUGGGGCGUCAAAUCGGAUCAGACGUCGUCCCUGUUUGUCGACUACGUAACCUCCCCGGCCCGUGUUGGGGAACCGAACAACAUCACAAGCUCAUUGGGCGAAAUUCUUCGUCACAACAUCAUUACCGAAUGGAGCCUGCGGGGUGGAACGGCUGUUAGUGCAGCAAACGGUUCCGGUCACGGCACGGUUGGGGUGGUCGUCGUCGUAGCCACCGCUGGUGGGGCAGCAGCAUCGGCCGGUUCCGGAGGGGCCAAUCGAGCAGCAAGCGGUGACUCAACGAUCCAGAAUAAUUUGAUUAUACCGCUGUACGCGGUCAUCUUCUUACUGUCCGUUGUGGGCAAUUUGCUGGUGAUUCUCACGCUGGCCCAGAACAAAAGAAUGCGAACUGUCACUAAUGUGUAUCUGCUGAAUUUGGCCAUUUCGGAUCUACUGUUGGGUGUGUUUUGUAUGCCGUUCACCCUCGUCGGUCAAGUGCUGCGGAAGUUCAUCUUCGGUGGCAUCAUGUGUAAGCUGAUACCAUAUUUUCAAGCCGUCUCCGUCUCGGUAGCCGUCUGGACCCUGGUGGCCAUCUCGCUGGAACGCUACUUCGCCAUUUGCCGGCCACUUUCCUCCCGCCGCUGGCAGACCCAAUUUCACGCCUACAAAAUGAUUGGCAUCGUUUGGUUGCUAAGCUUCCUGGUAAACUCACCGCUCUGUUACGUCCAGCGACUGCAGCCGGUUCAUCGGAAUCCCAUUCACAGCAGCAACAGCACGGCGAUGAAGUGCCGCGAAAUGUGGCCGGAUCAGCUUUACGAAAGAGCUUACGUACUGUUUCUUGACGCUGGCUUACUGGUUUGUCCGCUGCUGACAAUGGGAUUUGCCUACUGCAUGAUCGUAUCGAAGCUGUGGCGUGGGCUGAAACGUGAGAUUUCCCAUACGGCCUACCAGAAGCACAAACUACAGAUAAACAGUUCCACGAACGACGGUUCCGCUCCAUACGGACAAGUUGAUAAUAACGCUGCUACCGGGGGGAAACCGAUAUCAGUUCGACCCGAAACCGCUUGUUAUCUAUUGGUUUCAUCGAACAUGGCAGCCUCCGGGGGAGCAACAUCCAACCAUACCAAUCGUGGCGGGCCCACCAGAUUCUGCACUAGCUCGAAACCAGUAAACCUCAAGAGCGAUGGAAUCUCACCGGCCGUAGUCACCUCUAUUCCCAGCUCAAUUAAAAGUAAUAACAACAAUAAUUGCUAUUAUUCAACCCACCACGGAUGCAGCCUUUUCCACCACACCUCCACCUCGGGCAUCACCAACAACAGCAGCAACGGCAAUGCUACAACUCACCAACGAUCCACUACACGAUUUCGAUUGUUGAAAGAUUUCAUGAAGUUCCGUGCCAAACCGACGAAAUCGCAAAAAUCUUGCAACACCCUUGCAGCCAAACAGAACGGAUUAUUCCCCUCUCCGAACCGUCUGCCAAUGAAAAGCUCCAGCCCUGCCAAAGGAAAACCAUACACUCGCUCGAACGUAUACAGUUUCACAACCGAGACCACCCUCACCGACCGAGUGUCGACAGUGAAUGUAGCCUCAGUCGCUACGACUUCAACCGGAGGAGGAGGAGGAGGACUACGGCAAACGACGACUGCGACUGCCGAAAUUGGAACUACACUGGCAGCGGAUCCGUCAUCAGUCGAGCAGCUGGCCCCCAGCAACGACCGUACGGGUCAAGAGUCGUACGUGACGGCUACGUCCUUUUCUCGGCACGCCAUCCGGUCCACAUACCUGGACAAAAGCAUUGAGGCGAAGAAAAAGGUCAUUAGGAUGCUGUUCGUUAUCAUAGUCGAGUUCUUUGUGUGUUGGGCUCCGCUGCACAUCUUGAAUACGGUAUACCUCUACUCGCCAGCCUUCGUCUACAAAUAUGUCAGCAGUAAUGGGAUCGCUCUGGUACAGCUGAUGGCAUACAUCAGCUCCUGUUGCAAUCCAAUUACCUAUUGCUUCAUGAACCGUCGCUUCCGGCAGGCAUUUCUCAACAUUUUCGGCUGCUACCAACAUCGAAUAUUCCUGUGCUUCUUUUGCUGCUUCGGGUGCACCUCUGACGAUGCACCGGCGACUCUCGAUCCCAAUUCGGCCGGUUCGCGAACUAACCAGAACAACCUCUGUGGAGGAAUCGGUGCAAACAACAAUUCCGACCUGUCCGGCGGCAAUGACUCGAUCACCUACGCCGGUCGAAGUAUCGUACAGCGCUCCGAGAUAAUGGUCCUAGAAUCCGAGGAUCGGGUUUAGCACCGGUUCCGACUACGUGACCAGCUCCGUCUCUUUGGUCAACUCUAUCAGUUCAAACCGGAUCACCCAGGUGACGCAGAUCAUAGAAACAGACCCCGAGGAUGCAACGUUCCGGUUCCGUAUCACGUGGUCAAAAUCUUCGUCUGCGGCUAGUCAGCCCAAAGCUGGUAACGGGUGUGAUAGUGAGCGGUACUCGUAGAUCGGUAUAACAUCGGAAUAACGUAGAAGAGUAAAAUUGAACGAUUAUGUAAAGCAAACUAUUUCACGAAUACCUACUGUUAAACCUAUCUUUUCCGUGAAAUUUAGUAAAAGUUGUGAAGUAUGGCGGGUUCUAGAAUUCACAAAUCUAUGUAUGGGAAACACUUUGGAUGCAAGAAAUUCUAUGUUAAAUAAGUUCAUUUACAUCCAGACAACAUAGUGCCUCACUGUAGCUAUCCAUGGACAUAAAAUCCCAGUAAAGUUCAGCCGGAAAUGAACUGGAGUUCUGGCUGGUUCCAGUUCGCAUUCCGGCUCAAGUGACACAACCGAUUCUAACUAGAAUCGGUUGUGUCAUUGGAGCCGCAAUACGAACUGGAACCAGCCAGAAUUCCGGUUCAUUUCCGGUUGAGCUUAACUGGGAUAGACAGCAUUGGCCAGUUCAUUUUGUUACCUCUCAAUUGAAAAGCGGCCAUCUUGAAAAAAAGCAGUUUUUCUCACUGUUGAAAAAAUUUCAAUUGAACCGUAAAUGCUCUACUUUUGCUUAUACAGCUUCAAGACCAUCGUAUUGCUGUUGAGGACAAGCUUGGUUUGAGUCCGACGCUGCAAAUUUGUUGCCAGAUCAUUAAUUGUCAGGUGAAUUUAUCGAGAAAAUAAUUUUGAAUUUGUUGGGAACUGCUGAUCCAAAGAUCCAGCUUGAUAUUUGCUUUGAACCUUCCUGGCCACAUUUUUGCGAUAGCGGAAUCACUGGAUACCAUCUUUUGCUGUAGAAAACGCAAUUUUCAACUAUUCGCAAUAUUUCAAAUAGGCCACGUCAAUUUUUCGACAUGGGCGUGCUAAUUUUUUUCUAGUUUUCCACUAUAACUUCUUUGCUACCGUAUAUUUCGAGAUAAAACUUUAUCUCCACUAAACAUGUGAACUUUCAAAACAAAUUGCUGUCAAAACAUUCUAAAGCCGACCAUUAGACAAACUGCUGUAGAAUAAAUUUUAGCCGGAUUCCACGUGGACCACACUUUUCUACCGAAUCUCUUGUGCCGGCUUCAAAAUGAAUGGGCUAGUCAACAUCUAUCCCAAAAGACUAGAAUACUCUGAUAUAGCAAUUGAUGCUCAUCCUAUUGCAAAAUACUCCGAAGGCUUUAUACGAAAAACGUAAUGGCAAAAAAACGUUCACUGAGACCGUAACAAAUCCUGACACAAUCGAACGAAAUUUACGCCUGUAUUGUCCGAAUAACGAGCAAGCUUUUUUCCUACAUGCUAAUGAAUAUUUUGUGAAAGCCCGACAGACACCAAACGAUACGAAAAUCAAUUAACCACGGUGAAUGCUUUCAAUACAGCGAAUUAAUUUUUCAACCCGAAAAACGUGGCUUGCAAGCAAAUUUAUUACUGAUGGCUUUUGGUGAACGAUAUUUGAAAAUCAAGCGAAAGCACGUCAGCUUCGAUUCCCAUAUUUUCCACGAAUAUGCUGAGUUAGUUGAUAUUCAUCUGUUUCCUAACGCGAUACGCUUCUAGCAAUCAUUAGAACAAAUCGUUUGAUUGACUUCAUUACAAAACAUAACCUGAAUUUGUGUUGCCUAUUGACAGAGAUACAUUAUUUUCGUGUACAGUAUGCAUGUAUGGAGCUGCAGAAUUGUAGUUGUAUAGAUUAAUAGUCUUAAAAGAUCCCGUAUUUUGUGUUCCAUACGAAUAAGUGUAAAACUAAAUCUGUUCAUUGGUAAAUGUAAACAAACCCUGAAUGUGAUAUUUGUUUGAUAAUUUAUCAAACUCUCCAAAAUUGUAAAAAAAACUCUAAUUAUAAAUCGUGUAAGAAAUUGCACUCUAAGCAGAGUCUAUGAUAACAAUUUCCAAAGCUCAAAUGGCUCAUUAAUUCAAAUGUCUCAAGAAAUUCCACAGGCUCAGAUUCGUGAAUUGUCACGUCAUGUAUUGUUGUGUACGCUAGGAUCCACGAAAAUGAAAAGCAAAAUGAAAUUGUGAUAACUAUUUUAGUAGCAAAAAAUAUCUGUUCCCAAUAAUAGUUGAUAUGCGUAAAUGUGGUUUGUCUACAAAAAUUGUUCGAAAAGUCCUUUAUUUCAGCUACUAGAAAAAUACAAGAAAUACGUUUUCACGAGAAUUUAAGAUUCACUCCCUAAGUGCCUAUUAAAUUCAGCGAUCUGUACCCUCGUUUCGUGAUU